AUGGACUCCCAGAAAUCUCCGUCCGAAACAAUCCGGGCUCAGGCCGAUCAGAUACCUACCGGCGAAGACUGGAUGUCAUGGCUUCCUGAGCAUGAUGUGGGGUACCUCGGGGCUGUGGGUGGUCUCGAUGAGGCACAGGAUGAUGCAGACAACGUUGGGGACACAGCUCUUCCCGGCGUUGUCAACACUCGGUCUCAUAGCAGCGCAUCCAUUGGCGCCGUUGAAGACAUAUUCAACUUACACCCUGACCCUCUACAACUAGCAACCGACCCAUGGCAAAGGGUAUUCCAGUCUGAUGCUCCGGAUUCAACAGCUCUAUCAUUGUCCUCCGACCCCAUAAUCUCCCACAAUUUACCAUAUCGACCUGAGUUGCCACCCUUCAGUGCAGAAGCCGGAACCCGCUCCGACUCUUCAGUAGGGUCUUGGGAUUCCUUUACUUCAUCGCCCUCUGCCUCACGGAGAAGGCGUAGAAGAAGGCAACCUGCAAGGUCAAGAAAGGCUAGAGAAGGAGAACCGGAGCCCAGAAGGUACCAAUUCCUCCAGGAUCCAGAUGGACGUAUAUACUGCAUCUUUUGCCGCCAACCCGACCCUUUACCCGAGCAUCACCAAAUCCACAACUAUUCCGCCUGCGUGGCGCAACCAGAAGAAGCCCGCCAGUUUCAUCGCAAAGAUCAUCUACGACAACACCUCCGUCUCUUCCACCGGGGAUGCAAUUUCAAUGACUCGAUGAAAAACUGGCUCUCGUCCAUCGACGAUGUUAAGUCGCGUUGCGGAUUUUGCGACGCUCGUAUGGAUACUUGGACUGAGAGGCAGAAACACCUAGCAGUGCAUUUCCGUGGUGGCUCGGAUAUGCGCGAGUGGAAGGGUAACAGGGGCUUCGAGCAAAAGAUCGACGAUCUCGUUGAGAAUGACAUGCCCGUAUUUCUUAUUGGCACACAGCGACACACGAUGGAGCCUUUCUCGGCCUCGAGAGCAGACCAUCGCAUGGAUUUGUCAGAGCCCAACGUCGUUGGACCUCUGAGUAGCGAUGAGGUCAGUCCCGGGAUGGCUGACUCUACACCGCCAAACAGAGACGAGACAUCGGCGCAUUCGUACCGACAGAUAGAACGCCUCCUGUUGAAACAUGUUUCCGACGAGAUCUCACACGGACGCGUGCCUUCGGAUCGCCAGCUACAAAGAAAGAUGAGCGAGAUGAUGUACGGACCUGACAAUGCAUGGGAUCAAACUUGGGCUGACAAUCCUCAAUGGCUGGACAUGUUUAGGAGGAAAGCUGGGUUGAUUAGUCUUCCGCUCAGUGGUGGCAAGAAUGCAUUUGUUGGCUUCGACGAGGUUUGA